AUGGUAUUCAUGCAGUAUUUCAUAAGCAACUCCAUAAUGUGAGUGAAUGUGUCAUGCUUCUGCUACAAGAAACAGACCAAUUAAAUUUAAUGUUGAUACAUUGGGAUAUUACAAAUUAUGCAAUCAAAAAUAGAGUGCUAAUUCUCUAUUUGUAAUGUAUAUAGGUAAUCGCUUUUUCAAUUUUCAGAUAAAUCGUUCAGCAAUAUUAUUCUGAAUAUAGAGGUUUUUAUGAGCAUUGGGAAUGGGCUACAUUAUAGGAACAACUGAUUUUUUGA